AUGCCAGCACCCGAGGAGGUCCCGGCAUCGCAACACAAGGAACAGGCAGGGGUCCGAGCUGAGGAGGCUGAUGAGGAUGCCGGGGGUAGAUCGAGGAGUAGAGGGAAUUGGCGAACAAGGAGGUUCGUCCAAGCUGUAGGAGCUGCGGCCGAGAGUGGAUCAGCUGUGGGCGAGGUUACUGAUAGGCCGGCUCCUGAUCGUGAUGAGAAGCGAAUAGUCAAUCGCCCUCAAGCAGGGAUGCCGUCUGUGCCGGAUGCUGUUGAUGCCGAUGUGGGAAUCUCGGCUGGAGACAGUCGUAGUCCUCAGACACAAGAGGGAGGAGCUCGCUCUGAUGGCAAGGCCCCGAGGGAACCACACAUGAGGAAGUCGGAGGUGGGUAGAAGACAGAGGAAUACAGCAUAUAUGGAGAGCUUGCUAUUGCCAUCGAGAAUGCCCGGGGCACAUCCUGGUGGCGCAGAGAUCGCCAAUCAGGAUGAACAUCAGCAACAAGGGGGCUGGGCUGAUCAAAUGCGCGCUGAUGCUAUCGCUAGGACUAAGAAAGCUACCACGAUUUUAGCUCAACAGCAGUCGACUUCACUGAGCGCUGCUCAUGACCCUGCUGCAAUCGAUGUCCCCACUAUGAAGGCAAGAUUCCAAUCGAUGACCAGCAGAGCCUCUGUUAAUCCAGCAGGGAAGGAGAAAAGGAAAAGCGACCAUAAACGCCGUUCACAGACCCAAUCCGUCGAACAGAUCGAUGCAGCGAGCCAAACUGAGGUUCCUUAUAUGGCUAUGACCGGGGCCCCUGAUACGGCGAUGACCUUAGCUGCUGAUACAAUCAUGGCCGGGGCUCCUCAUACGAUCAUGGCCGGAGAUACUCAUACGACCAUGGCCGGGGCUCCUCAUACGACCAUGGAUGGGGCUACUCAUACGACCAUGGCCGGGGCUCCUCAUACGACCAUGGCCGGGGCCCUUACAGGACCAUGGAUGAGGACGCUUCCACGAGCAUGCCGAUCACCACAAUGGAAGCUGCUACGGUCAUGGCUCGGCUCCCCAUGCGACCGUCGUGAAGAUAAACACACACAAGUUGAUGUUGCUCAGUUGCAGGCCAAGGCGGCUGCUGCUGCCGCGGUGAUGGCGGGCCGGACCGAAUCGGACUCUGGCAGCUCUACAGGCACAGCUGAUGGAGGAGAUAUGGGAGACUUCGCGGAAGAGCUCAUCAAUUGGUUGAAGUUCAACCUUCUACAGUAUCAACAUGCCCAGCUUAUUCAUAUGAAUGUCGGCAUAAUGUUGUUGCUCGCCUUUCAUCCUGUUUGA